UCGGACUGUAUAAAAUUGGACCGCUAGACGCAUAUUGUGUUAACAUAGUGGUUCCAUUCCAAAGGCGACUAACCAAUCAAAGACCUUCGUGAGUGUUGAGCGAGAUGCGCGUAUUUACAGUAUUCUAAUAGCGUUGGCAUAAAACUAGAGUCGGACUAGUCGUGUAUCGGAAGGGCGAUGCCAGGGAUAACCAAGUAUAAUUUAGUGGAUGAUGCACAGGACUUGAGGAUCCCCAUGCACAACGAGGCGGCAUUUCAGCAUGGGGUCUGCUUUGAGGCAAAGUACAUUGGCAGUCUGGAAGUCGGUCGUCCAAAUAGCCGAAUGGAGAUAGUGGCUGCAAUGAGAAGGAUAAGGUAUGAAUUCAAAUUGAAGAACAUCAAGAAGAAGAAAGUCAACAUCAUCGUGUCUGCGGAUGGUGUAAGGGUGGUUUUGCGAAAAAAGAAAAAGAGGAAAGAGUGGUCUUGGGAUGACAAUACAGUCAUGAUAACACAAGACCCCAUCUACAGGAUUUUCUAUGUGUCACAUGACGCCCAGGACUUGAAGAUCUUCAGUUACAUUGCAAGAGAUGGAAAGAGCAACAUGUUCCGUUGUAAUGUCUUCAAAUCCAAGAGGAAGUCCCAGGCCAUGCGCAUCGUGCGGACGGUGGGCCAGGCCUUUGACGUGUGCCACCAGCUGACCCUGCAGCAGACAGGGGAACAGAUCUCAGAGGAUGGAGGGGACACCAGCACUGCCGACGCAGAGGGGGCAGACGCCUUGCCAGCCAAGAAGAGGUUGGCAUUGUCUGAUUCCACUGACCUUGAAGCCACUACAGAGGAGAGCAUCGAUCGUUUGUCAUCCGACCAGGACAAGAGCCAGGACCUUCACAGUAAAGAUGGGAAGGACCCAACCCAGCAGCUGACCUCAUCCAGGUCAGGGCCACCUGUGUCAAGCUUGCUAGCUGUGGACUGCUCUGUGGCACACCAGGUGCAGCUUCUCCAGAGACAGCUCCAGCUGCAGGAGCAGCAGGCCCAGGCUGCUGCAGCACAGGUGCGCUUGCUCCAGGACCAGCUGUCAGUGGAGGUGUGUGCCAGGACAGACGCCCAGGCCCGGGUUCAGAGACUCCUACUGCAGAACACUGAUCUACUGCAGCACAUCUCCCUACUGGUCAAUCAGAUCCAGGAGCUGGAGCUCAAAUCUGUUGCAGGACUCAGCUCCAUGGGCUCCCAAGACAGUCUGCUGGAGAUCACCUUCCGUGCCAAGCCCCCCUCCUUGCUACAUGACAUCACCACCCCCCACACCUCAAUGGGCCCCCUGCAGGGUCAGCCCCAGAUAACCAAUGGCUCCUGGGCCUCCAUCCUACCAGGGGCCUUUCCUCCAGGGACCAGGGCCCCGGACAGCCACUCUCUGGGCCCGGGCGGAGUGAGGCUGGAGUGCUUCCGCUUCCCCCGCAGUGGGGGAGGGGACAACCACGAGAGCCAGAACCAGGAGGCUGAGAGUCCAUGCUCGGGCUGCCCAGGCGGGGACUCCCCUCUGGGGGUUCUUGGAUCCCUGGAGCUCCUCCGUUUCCGGGAGUCGGGGAUAGGUUCGGAGUACGAGUCCAACGCGGAUGAGAGCAGUGAUAGGGACAGCUGGGGGCGGGGCGAGGGGGCGCGGCCUGAGGGCGUGGCACUUCUGUUCAACGUAAUGAAUGCGGAGAGCCCCGCGGACUGUCUGGGUGAUGAGGUGGCCGUGUAGCCGUCCGCGGCUUCGUCUUCACCCAAGAAUGAAAUCAUAUCACAGUCUACAGUUCUAUGGUGUUAACUGUUCACCACCCUCCAAACUCUGCUCUGCAGUUUUGUUUGAUAUUCGUUUGUUGCAUUUUUUGUAUUUGUGGGAUAUUUUGUUUAUAUUUGGUCACGUUUGUCUGAUGUUUAUUUAUAUCUGUUGCAGUUAAUUACAUGUGUUUCUUGAAUGUGUUUACAUUUUUUCAUACAUUUUGUCUCAGCACUUGACUUGCUGCUGCUGUUCCUGCUCUCCUGGGCUUACUGCUGUGUAGCUGUAGUUUGUGUCACAGCUGUCUAAAUAUGUGGUUCUGGUCUGUGUUAUUGAAGCAUUGUGUAAUAGUGAAACAACCCAGCAUGGCCAGUCGUUGGCGCUGUUUGUUUGUUUUUUGACUAAAAGACUUUGAAUGAGUUGAAAAUGAGUAAACGUCUAAUGUAAAGACUGCGAACUUCAAAAGCCCGCUGUACUAGUGCUGUAUUACAUGACUGGAUCUCAUUUGUGACUGACAAUUGAUUCAAGACAGUUUACAUUCAAGUUUUCCUCCACCGUGAUGCUCCAUGCAAUAAGUCCUCUUUGGUACUAUUCACUUUUGAGCCAACUCAAUAUCAUACACCCAAAAAGUUGUCGUUGUUUGUUUGGUGCAAUUGAAGAAAAAAAAAUGAGUGGUCUUUUGUUGAAUGACAACACACACUUCAUUGAAUAAUCCCUACUCUUGACCAAUGACUGAUGAAGGGGCGUAGACUUCGGCACCGAACAUCAGCUUGCCUCAAUUUCUUUUGUGUUCACAAACAGCCGAACAAACCCUUGCCGAAGACCAAAACUUCACAAAAUGGCGUCAUAAUAUAUGCAUGAACUGUUCCGAACUGUUUCGGAAGGGAAGCGGACGCCUUAAGUGUACAAUAUAUCUCACCACAGUUAUUUACCCUCUCUCCCAAUACAAGGCAUGCUAGGGUUUAGAUGGAACCAAUAAUAUCUCACUAGUCUCUAAUAUCAAAUUUAAAUCAAAUGUAUUUAUAUAGCCUUUUGUACAUCAGCUGAUAUCUCAAAGUGCUGUACAGAAACCCAGCCUAAAACCCCAAACAGCAAGAAAAGCAGGUGUUGAAGCACUAAUAGAGUAGAGGUUUGAAGCCAAUUGAAUAUCACUUAAAUGUUAUUAAAUGUUAAAUGUUAUUACGCCUAUAUCUACACUAGCUCAACAUAGCGAUUUUUCCCCCUCCCAAGAUUAAGGCGGUUAGGAUUCAGUUUGGAGCCAACUAUAUAUCACUACUCUUUAGACAUUUACUGACUUUAUCAUCCCCCUAAGGACAAUUUGUUUGCAACACAGAGGUGUGUGUGUAACAAAAUCAGCAGCAGCAUAUUUAGCAGGUUCUGCUCUCCCUGCAGCUUGGCUGUCACUGCUCCCCAUGUCUCCGUACUGCACCAAUGCUGCAUUGUCAUGUUCUAAUGGCCCAGCUGUCAAACAGGCAGGACUUUUUGAGUCGGCUCCAAGCCACUGACUCAUCGUAUUGGGACCACGUCUUUGAGCGCUCUCCAAAUCGAUACAUCGCUUACAUCGCUCUCUUUUGUUAAUGUGUUUUACUCCCUCUCUCUCUCCCUCACACACACACACACACUAUUUUUCCCUGUCACCCUCCAUUUUUGCGUUUGACUAUUUUUCUACUCUUCUCUCUUGUCGUGUCUUUGGCUAUGCCGGAUUAAGUGAUAUGAUAAGCUAUUAUAUAAAAUAAUUUCUCCGUAAUUAACAUUACCUGAUUGAGCUAAUCAUGUAAAUGUAAUUAACUAGAGAGUCGGGGCACCACGAAAGAAUAUUUAUAGAGCUGUUAUCUUCUGAAUAAUCUCUUAAAGACCUAGUAAUAUUUUACAUCAAUAGCAGUCUAUUAAUCGUCAUCUUAAUUCAGUCUCAUCUGAAAGUUGUAAAUUCUUGGUUAUCUGCACGAACCCUGGCUAACAAGUUGAAUCAGCAAUACAAAAUUGGGUUUAAUUAUUUAUUUACUAAAUACUUAACUAAUCACACAGAAUUACACAUACACAUAAUUAAAUUGUAACUUGAUUACAAAUUACGUCAUAAAGGAAAAAGUCCCUAGCGGACGGAACAGAUAUGACAGCUGGUUACACAAAAGAAAAGGGCUGGGUUUGAGUGAAAGAGCGGGAAGACUGAGGAACAAAGGGCGAAGCUGUGCUAGAGUAAAUACAGAAUCUUAUGCAUUCUAAAUUACCGCCCAUUUGGAACAGGAAAAUGCAAUAAAUAUUUACUCUGAGCUGCGCUUCAGUAGGUUGGUGGUAGAUGGAAGGCCGUGUUGCCCAACCGAGUCCUUUGUCCUUUGAAGAAUGUCUCUGCUGGUAAAUUGGAUACGUUGUAGUAAUGUCGUUGUGUGGUAGAUGGGAUACUCUGUCUGUUCCUUCCUAACCUUCGUUUGCAGCUGCUGUUGCUAACUCAACAGCUAGAAGGUAUCACUUCUGUAGUGAAUAAGAGUUCAAAGUACAUACCAUUCCCAACCAAAGCUCACGCUGAUGUUGGUUUCGUUCUGUAGUUAUCUGAACCAUUCUGACAUCGGACCGUCGUCCUCACAUCCUCGGAACAGGAGGUUACAUUGUCGUCAAGGCUUUAUAUAGGAAGGGAGAGGAGGGCGUGUUUGAAAAGUUUUAUAGGCCAUGUCCCUUCACAGGGGCGGGCCACUGAUUGAGCAUAGCCCUAACCUUAUGAAAACCCACAUCUCACAUUUUAGAAGCUAAAAUCAGAUUUCAUCCCAUCACGAAUAAUUUCAUAUUCAAACAUGUAAAUUGAACAACAAUUCCAUGUGAAUCUGAUAACUCUGAUGUGUAGACUUUCCACUGUAGAGUUUGUCAUCUUAUCAUUGAUGAAAAUGUCUCAGAUGACAACCGAACUGACAUCAUAUUCAUUAAGUACCACCGCAUAUGUUCAAUUGGUUGGAAUACCAGAAUAUAGUUCAUUUCCCACCACCUUCUGAUGUUCCCAGAAUCUCUAUGUUAACCAAGGUGUUUGCAAAUGUAACAUCAGUAGGGUAGAGAGAGGAAAAAGGGGGGAAGAGGUAUUUAUGACUGUCAUAAACCUACCCCCAGGCCAACUUCAUGACACUCUCAAUCGUUUAUUUUCAGGGUCAUGUCUUUUCUGAUAUGAAAGUGUACAAAAAGUGGAAAGGGAAGAUACAUCCAGUUGGACAACUGACUAAGUGCAUUCAGUUAGGUGUGAUGUCACUAAUGCUCUCCUCACUGAAUUAAACACCCAUUCUCAAAUGCCAUG